AUGAGCAUGGGCGCGAGGAUGGGUGCGCGCGGUGCAGGGCUUCACAGAGGGAAUAGAAUUAGCGAUAGCGUCGUGCGCGGGGGCGGUGGUCGGAACGCAGCACCGAUAGCUGUCACCACGGCGCGUUCCUAUGCCGAUAACCUUCCAGUCUCGACGCCGGCCGUCAGCACCAGCACCAGCAGCAUGUGCCCGCACGCGCCAGCCCAGGGGGCCGUGCACGAUAAGCAGCCAGCUCGCGGACGUGCGAACGCGGGGGAUAUCAGCAUCUGCGCGCGAUGGGCUGCGCGGUCCCCCAAGUACAUUCGCGACCUCUCGCCAGACGGCGAGUCUGGAGGGUCGCUGGUGGCCGCACACCACGACCGCGGUACCGCCCCAGCGACACCAGCCCCAGGCACGCUCUCCCUGGCCCCCGAACCGAGCCGACCGCGCCACGAACCAGUCAGCCCGCCCGAGAUCCCGAGUCCCGCACACGAUCGCCGCACGAUCGCUGGGCGCGCUGCUUGGCAGAUCGCCAUAGCCGCACGAUCAAACGUCUACCACCAGCUACCACCUGCCGCGGCCGAGCUAACCCCGCCUCACACCCGACAUCCGACUGAAGCCGAAGAAACACGCCUCCGUGCGCCUCCGCUCCAACAUCCUCAGACGAUGUACGCACGCGUUCCGUACGUCGUCGCGCGCCCAUCUGUCACGCGAAGCGCGCCGUCGCCGUCGGGCACGCUCCAAAACAUACGCCCGUCACGUUUCGCCGAGCACCAAGUGAUGUCCCGCCUGCUACAAGCACUUACGUACAAGAGCCCAGUGCCACUCCUACCAGCUACUACCGUACCUACUGCAUACCGCGUCACCACUGUUUUUCACGUGCCCGAUGGACCAAGCCAGCAGCUACUCGACAAUCGAGCCAGAUCGGAUCGCACGGCUCGGCUCGGCUCGACUCGCGCGAUCGCAGGAUCGCCCGCUUAUGGUCAUCAAUUUUCGAAAUGCAAAAAUCCUGCGUGCAUCCCAGCCGCAUUCCAUUGGGGAAAACCGAUCGCGCCGGCGCACCGGGCAUCUCGCGCGCGUGAUCGGUUUGCCGAGAUACCCACCGUCGCCGAGCGUGGUACGCCGCUUCUGAGAACCGCCGUCUUGCAGCCUUACGUCGAGACCCGCCCGUAUUCUGAUUCUGACACCAUCGCGCAUGACGCCCUCGCAUGUGGCCCUUCCCCCACCUCCGCCCCCCCCCUCCCGCGGAGAGCAGAGCCCCUGCGCGACUCGCACACACAGCACGUCUCCGCAUCCACGCUAACACUGAAGCAGGCGACCCACCCGUCCACCCGGCACACCGACGCCCCGAAGCCCCGAGGACGCCAGGGCACGCCAGAUAGGCGCCGCACCCACCUCAUUGAUGACGUUUCUGUCACCGGCGUGGGUACGGUCGCUUGCCCACCCGCGCGCGUGCCCGUCCAGGAGCCGCGCGAUGGCGCACGAUCGCGCACGAUGGCGUUCGCGCAGCCGCCGCUCAUGGCGUAUGAUAGCGUACGAUGCAUCAUACACGACGUCCACGUGCGUCCGUGCGCCCCGCAAAAAGACACGACGCGGGCCCUCCGAACCCACGCCCCCAAGGAACUCCCACGGAACUCCCAAGCAAUCCCAAGCAAGCCCAAGACAUCUGCACAUUACGCGUGCUGGCGAGCAGGUGCGCACCGGAAUUCGCUUCGGCCACGACCACGACGGGCGCCACAUGCGCGCCUUCCCUUGGAUCAGACAAAUGAGAAAACAAACGAACCGAUGAGCGAACGAGCCGCCGCAGCCGCCAGCCCCUCGACGUCGACUUUGAGGCCCUCGACCGCGACUGUCGCCCUGUCGGUCCAGACGGCAGACGCAGGCAGCUAG